AUGGACGCACAAUUUGUGAAGAAAUGCACGGAAGAGCACAACGAGUACCGUUCCAAGGUGAAGCCCGGAGCCAGUAAUAUGUACUUCAUGAGCUGGGAUGCAGGUCUGGCUAAAACUGCAAGAGCAUGGAGCAAGACUUGUAGUUCUAAACGUAAUCCACACCUGAAGAGAAAAGGAGAAGCCCAUCCGACUUUUGAAACUGUAGGAGAAAACAUAUAUGUCGCAUCAGGCGACUUUACUAUUAAAGAUGCCAUGAAAGCAUGGUAUGAUGAAGAAAAGUAUUAUAACUUUGAUGACAAUAAAUGUAACAAGAAAAACAUGUGUGAACGUUAUACCCAGCUUGUCUGGGGAGAAACUUAUAAAGUUGGCUGUGCAGCUAAUUACUGUCCCAAAGGGAUUAAAGGUUCUAAAAUUGAAAAAGAUGGAUCAGUAUUUGUGUGUAACUACUCACCCAGUGGAAAUCGUGAAGGACAGCCACCGUACGCUAAAGGAGCACCUUGUACAGCUUGUGGUUCGGAUUUUUGUAGGGAAAACUUAUGCAGUGAACCGGAUCGUGAAGCAAUUUCCCAAUACCCUGAAUGGAAUCCAGACUUUGGGUCAGCCUCCAUUUUAUUGUCAAACUGCCUUCUGACAUUUAUGUCUAUUACUUUAACACAUAUUCUAUGCUGAUAACUCCGCAGAUAUAUCCUAUGUAUUUCUGGCACUUUUUUGUUUUCUUCUGUUUCAGUCAGGCAGGUGGGAGGUACCAAGAAACUGAAUUCUCUCCCAUCAGUGCUGCUUCAUGAUUGUCAUGCCUUUACUGACUGGUCAGAUACCUUGUAUCAUCUUCCAUUGUUAUUGAAAUCCACUAUUGUAAAGUCUUAAUAUUUACUUAGUAAGCCAAAUAUAUUUAAAUGCGGUUCCAAAUCUACAGGAUUCAAAUUUGUGACAUCCAUGUGUUUAUCAGCUUCCACAAAAAAGUUAUCUUAAUUCUAAAACAAAGACAGAAAU